CCUCCACGUCCUGUAAUGCACAGAACCAUCCGAGUAUGGCUGAAAAGAGACAGUGGGCAGUACUGGCCCAGUAUUUACCACACGAUGGCCUCUCCUUGCUCCGCUAUGACUUACCAUCAUGAUAGCAGACGGAUAUUCGUGGGCCAGGAUAACGGAGCCGUGAUGGAAUUUCACGUUUCUGAAGAUUUUAAUAAAAUGAACUUUAUCAAGACCUAUCCAGCGCAUCAGAACCGGGUGUCCGCGAUCAUCUUCAGCCUGGCCUCGGAGUGGGUGAUCAGCACCGGCCACGACAAGUGCAUCAGCUGGAUGUGCACCCGCAGCGGGAACAUGCUGGGCAGGCACUUCUUCUCUUCCUGGGCAUCGUGUUUACAAUACGAUUUUGAUACUCAGUAUGCUUUUGUUGGAGAUUAUUCUGGACAGAUCACCCUGCUGAAGCUUGAACAGAGCACCUGUUCAGUUAUUACAGCCCUUAAAGGACAUGAAGGUGGUGUCGCCUGCCUCUGGUGGGAGCCUGUUCAACGGUUACUCUUCUCAGGAGCCUCUGACAACAGCAUCAUCGUGUGGGACAUUGGAGGGAGGAAAGGCCGCACGCUCUUGCUCCAGGGCCAUCAUGACCGGGUGCAGUCGCUGUGUUACCUUCAGCUCACGAGGCAGCUGGUCUCCUGCUCUUCAGAUGGCGGGAUUGCAGUGUGGAACAUGGACGUCAGCAGAGAGGAGGCUCCUCAGUGGUUAGAAAGCGAUUCUUGUCAGAAAUGUGAGCAGCCCUUCUUCUGGAAUAUAAAGCAGAUGUGGGACACGAAGACACUGGGGUUGAGGCAGCAUCACUGCAGGAAGUGCGGGCAGGCUGUGUGUGGGAAGUGCAGCAGCAGGCGCUCCAGCUACCCCGUCAUGGGCUUCGAGUUCCAGGUCCGCAUGUGCGAUUCCUGCUAUGACUCCAUCAAGGACGAGGAUCGGACUUCUCUAGCAACCUUCCAUGAAGGAAAACAUAACAUCUCCCACAUGUCCAUGGACGUUGCUAGGGGCCUGAUGGUGACCUGUGGGACUGAUCGCGUGGUGAAGAUCUGGGACAUGACGCCCGUGGUGGGCUGCAGCCUGGCGACUGGGUUUUCUCCACACUGAGCCGGGAGCUGGGCGAGGCCGGCACCUUCCCAGCGGCAGCCUUCUCCAGACACCCUGCAUCCCUGUAGCUCCACAGUCUCUGUCACGUGAAUGGACAGUAGCCACUAAAAAACAAAUCAACAUUUCUUAAAAAGGAAAAAAAAAACAUGUAAAGGUGUGUUUUUGGGCAUUUGUGGAACUACCCGCGGGGACUGACGUGGAAGCUGUUCACCUGUCAUGGGUCCCCGAGGAGCGGGGUUACUCCAGCGAGGCUCGAGUCCUCAGGAGCGGUGAGCUGAUGUGUUCCGAGAGAGUAAGUUAGCAAAUGCGAGUUUUCGGAGGAAAAAAGUGCUGAACAAAAGAGUUCAUGCCUAGAACUUUCUUCCAGCAGUUCCAAGGACAAACACAUGUCCCCUCAGACUUGCUGGCCCCCCGGGGUCACGUGCUCCUCUGCUGUCAGGGCAGGAGUUGGGGGGCGGACUGGUCCUCUCUUUCUUGAGGGGUGCAGCAGGACUUAGGAGCCCAGAGGUCCUCCUCAUUGACCGGCCGUCCGUGAAUAGUCUCCACGCUUAGCUGUCGGCACACUUCUUCCAGGGGUCUGUCGUCUUCAGGCGGUGCCACCAUUUGCACCCAGUGUGGGGCCCUCUUCAGUUCUUUCUCGUCCCAGCCAGCCUGCCGUGGGCGAACGGUUGUCAUUAAGUGAGUGGUUCAGUUUCUAGACUAGCCCAGGCAGCCCACCUUCUUCCCCCGACCCAGAUGUGCUCUGAGGACGAGACGUCUCUAUGGUGCUGUUAACACGGGACUCACACCGCCUGACCUUUUCUCAUUGCAGUUAGUGAUGACUGAGGGGAAACCCAGCUACCAGCAUGACUGUGAUGGGAAGUGAUCGGUCUGUUCCAUGGAACAUCCCAGUCCUCCUAAAAGACACAUUCUGUUUGCCGUUCCAAGAUGAGCCUCUGUGAUACGGUGGCAAUUUAACGUGCACCUCAGAAAAGAACUCCAAAGCUUUUUACCCUAGGUUGACUUUUAGUUGUGUAACCUAAUAAUAUUUCAUAGGAGGAAACUGGUCACCCAGAGCAGUCAUUGUUAAACAGGUCCGGCACAGUAAUUCCUAACUUGUAAAUUACUUUCCUAACAAUUAGCAAAAUCUGUUGUAUCACGUGGCAUUUUAAAAGUUUUUGGCCACUUAGUACCAGGAUGGGGAAGACUUAGGGAUUGGGGAGCCUGUCUUCUGAUACUCAUGUAUUUAUUUCUUUGUUUGUUUUUAACAACAACAGUACCUGUAUUUGUUACUUUAGGGUUAUGGACGUGGGUGGAGAGAGGCUUCCUUCUUUUAAGGACAAAUUUAAAAAUAGCAAUGGUAUUUUUGUUAGUGUUCUAAUAGGUGUUGAUAAAAACCUACUACUGCAUCAUUUUUAGGGGAAUCAAAUCAAGACAGCGUGGUCAUUCUGUAUGAUACAAUGACAAGACUAAAUAUUUUUAGUAGCAGCUGUUAAUUAAAAUGUUUUUAAGUAAUAGUUUAAGACAGACAAACUAAGAUGUCUUAAUCGCCAGGCACAAACGAGGAAAGGAGGUCAGGCACUUCGUGUUCUAGAAUGACCUGCAGUCAAAAAGUUGACUUGCCUUCAGAAAGAAGACUGAAGGAUUUUGUUGCCCCUUAUAAUUUUUGUGUUACAUCACUUGAAAAAGAUGUUCCCUUCAAAACCUCUUCAUAGGCCCUUUGCAAAAUGUGUGCUAUUGACAUAGUGCAGAGGAAGAAUUGGAGUGAUGGUAACUUGAACGGCAGUGUUGAACCAAGUUAGCUUCAGUUGAGUUGGUAGUUCAGCUCAUACAAAGGUGCUAUCCUGGGGGUUUUAUGAAGUCCUGAAAGGAAAACGGAGGAUGACCUGUUCCCUGCCACGCGGAAAGGUGCUGAACGGGGGCUUUGCUUUCUGUUCACCUCUGUAAAGUGUGGUUUUGUGUUUGUGGUAGACUGAGCAGAAUAUUGCUGAGAAUAUGCCAUAGCUUUCACACUUCUUUUAUUUAAAAAAAUUCUUACUGAAAACCCCACUAUUUCCUAGAGAAUAUAAGGCCAUUACAGCACAUCCUAAGGGUUGGCGCUAACGUAAGUCAAGGAGGAGAGGUUUACUUGGGGAAGAACUGGAGUCGGGGAUCCAGAAAAGGAAAGGAGAAUGUUUCCAUGUAUUUUCUCUCCACCACAGCUUAUUACCAGUUUUUUUAAAACACACAUGACAUGGCAGGCUUAUCUCAUCUCUGUCACACACUAGGUAGCAAACGGGGUAAAUAUUUUUUAUAGAGGUAGGCAAAGAUUUAUUUUCUCAACUUUACACAUAGAGGUGGGCACCUAGAGUGAGCUAGACUUCUAGUUAUUGCCUUAUUUUGACUGCAUUACUCUUAAACGGGUCACUUAAAAUAGUCCUUCAAAGUUAACGGUUUACCGACUUCUCCAUUCCUGAAUAUUCAUGCUAAUCUGCCACGAGGGAUCAAGUACAGAAUGUUAGAGAAGAUCAUAGUAUGUGUGUGACCGGGACACGCCACCUUGUUCUAAACAUGUUUUAAAAUCGCUCUUUGCGCGAGUAAGCGAUAGGCGUGUACUCAUAGCAUUAGAUGGAGACAGAUUUUUCAUUGUAAAUCUCUGUAUACUGCGUCCUGUUUCUGUCCUGCUGCCUAGAGGAUAUAAACCAAAAAUACUGCUCUAGAUGGUGGUGUCUCUUUGUUCUCCCCCUAAAUAAUUCAGUUUGCUAAUACCUACAUUUUUAAACUGUUGAAACUGGCCUAAGUAUGGAAUACACACCACAUGGCUCGGACACAAGGAGCUGUUUUCUAAAAUCAGUUGUCAUUAAAUUACUCCCUACUUCCGUUACUGGCUCUGGUGUCUCCUAAAAUGUAAGAAGCCAGUUACUAUUAACGGUAAACUGUCUGCUCAUUGUAAAUGUGAUGUUUAACAAAUAAGUAAUACAUGCUAUAUUUAUUCAAGUGUCUAUUGCUUAAUUGUUAAUUGUGAGCAGAUUAUUGAAUGCCUACUCUAUUUUCUGCAGUUUCCUAUACAAUAAUUCUUUGAGUAAGUUGAAGUUUAAUUGUGCAACAAAUUUAUAUUAGGAUACAACUUAAAGUGUUUUUCUGUAUAGACUUUUCUGACUGGGGACGCAAAGGGCAGUGUGGAUUAGUACGUUUUGUCUUGUACUAGCCACGUUUCUAUAAAAUGAUGCCCUGCGCAUCCCAGAGAGCUAGAAAACUAUUCUUCGCUCCCCUUUGUGGGUUCUGUUUUUUGUGUGUUUUUUUGAGAAAAUGCAUACAAUAAAAUGUUCCUUGCUUAUUCCUCUGUUGCUUAA